AUGAAGAACCUGAAAAGGAACAGGGUGUGGAAGGAGGAGCUCUUUAGGGUAAAGUUACACAUUUCCUUCUUCCUCCAGGCAAACAUAGAGCAGCCCAAACUCAGUAGAGAUGAGCAACGGAAUCGAGGGGCCCUCUUACAGGACAUUUGCAAAGGGACCAAACUGAAGAAGGUGACCAACAUUAACGAUCGGAGUGCUCCCAUCAUCGAGAAGCCCAAAGGGAGUGGUGGUGGCUAUGGCCCUGGAGCUGCUGCUUUGCAACCCAAGGGAGGCCUCUUCCAAGGAGGAGUGCCAAAGCUUCGACCUGUGGGGACCAAGGAUGCUUCAGAAACUGUAGCUGGUAAGCCAGCCCUACAAGUCCCCAGUUCCCGAGCUGCUGCUCCAAGGCCUCCAGUGUCUACAGCCAGUGGGCGUCCUCAAGAUGAUACUGACAGCAGCCGAGCCUCCCUCCCAGAACUGCCCCGGAUGCAGAGACCCUCUUUACCGGACCUCUCUCGUCCCAAUACCACUAGCGGUACAGGCAUGAAACACAGCUCCUCUGCUCCUCCCCCACCACCUCCAGGGCGCCGUGCCAAUGCGCCCCCUACUCCUCUACCUAUGCACAGCAGCAAAGCCCAGGUCUACAACAGGGAGAAGCCCUUGCCUCCAACACCUGGACAGAGGCUGCACCCCAGCCGAGAAGGACAUCCUGCCCCCCCUCCUCUAAAACCACCUCCUUCCCCUGUGAAUAUCAGAACGGGACCAAGUGGCCAGUCUCCGGCUCCUCCCCCACCGCCUUACCGCCAGCCUCCUGGGGUCCCCAAUGGGCCCUCAAGCCCCACUAAUGAGUCAGCCCCUGAGCUGCCACAGAGACACAAUUCUUUGCAUAGGAAGACACCAGGGCCUGUCAGAGGCCUUGCACCUCCUCCACCCACCUCAGCCUCCCCCUUUUUGUUGAGUAACAGGCCACCUCCCCCGGCUCGAGACCCUCCUAGUAGGGGAGCAGCUCCUCCACCCCCACCGCCCAUGGUCCGAAAUGGGGCCAGGGAUGCUCCUCCUCCUCCACCACCUUACCGAAUGCACGGAUCAGAACCUCCAAGCAGAGGAAAGCCCCCACCUCCACCCUCAAGGACACCAGCUGGGCCACCCCCUCCUCCACCACCACCCCUGCGGAAUGGCCAUAGAGACUCCAUCACCACUGUUCGUUCCUUCUUGGACGACUUUGAGUCCAGGUAUUCCUUCCACCCAGUGGAGGACUUCCCUGCUCCAGAAGAGUAUAAGCACCUUCAAAGAGUAUACCCCAGCAAGACAAACCGAGCUGCCCGUGGAGCCCCACCUCUGCCACCCGUUCUCAGGUGAAGCCUGGCUUGGUCCUGCUCCUCAGGAAAAGGAUGGACCUCCUCUUCUCAGAUGGUCCCCCAACCCUAAAACCUGCAUGAGAGCUCCUACAGUGUUUCUCCAGUGCAACCAACCCUAGACUCUGAGCGUCCUCCCAGCCCAGCUCCAUCUAUGCAUCUUGUCUCUGGACUUGGUGAUGGCAUUCUUUCUAUUGGCAGUAGGGUCUCAGGCCCUGUGCCCAGCCUCUUCCAGCAAGCCCUGCUAGCCAGAAGAGGGGAAAGCUUCCGUGUCUCCUGCUUUCUUCCAGGGAAAGGUGCCUUGUUAUGGUGAAUGGACUCCUGUUGGGUGGGGUGGAGAAUGAUACCCCUGUCUGCUGUUAUUCACCAAGGGGGAGUGUGGUGUGUGCACUCUUCCAUAGUUUAGGAGGUUGGUAUGGCCAGGACUGCUGAGGAAAGGGUACUUUUCGUGAAGCAGGAAGGGGGUUUGCAGAGAAGUGAUCUGUUUUAAAGGUCAGGUUACAGAAAGGACAAGGAAAUGGAUUUUCAUUAUUUUUAAGAGUGUUUUGGCUUUGUUCUCAUCCCUCUUCUCCCCUGGGGACCCCAAGGGGUAAGUUGUACAUACACUAAAGACUAAUCAGUUGAUCCAAACAAUAAAAGAAGGGAUGAGGUAAACUGAGAAUCAUUCCAGAGCUAGUCAGCUCUUCUGCAGCUAAGGGGCCAGGGCCAUCUGAACUCCCUGGGACCCCCUGCCCUUCCCUGGGGGCUGAAGGAUGUCCUUUCCCAGUCCCUCAAGACAAGAGUCACUUUUUGUUGGGUCCAUUAUUCAUAUUCCCAAUUCACAACCCCCAGAAAAGAAACUUCCUGUACGAGAUGAAAAGGGGGAGUGAGGACCUUUUAACCUCAGCCUCGAGUUGGCCUCAGUUUCUUCUGAUUAGCCCUGAAGUGCUCAGCAGCUCUCGUCAGAGUCCAUCAGUCCUCGGAGACUGCUCCAGGGAGACCCAGGGAAGGAGGAAGCAUGACACACUACACAGGAAGGUCUGGCUUUGGGGGCUCACACCCAUCUGACACCCAUCAACACAGCAGCUUCUUCUCCCUGUUUUCUCUGCCACCCUACCUCCCCAAGGCUGCGGGGACUAAGACCACAGAGCAGAAAAUGGCAGGAAAAGCGUGGGGCCUUUGAGGGCGUAUCCAGAGUCUUGUGAAGCAAGGAGCGCAAAGACUAGGGAGGUGUACCUCAGUCCAGUCGGUGGGUCUUCCUUGGCGGCCAGCAAUACGUUGUUUCUUUGUCUUCCAAGUUGUAGUGAACAGCACAGGAAAAAUGGAUGUUCCACCUGAGGUUGGUCUAUUGGACAGUGAGUGUCUCUUCUCUAACAGCAAUGUGGGGCACCGGGACUCCACACACUAGAGAAGUUGGUUUCUUAUAGUCGUAGCCAUGGGCAAAGGCUGCUCAAACCUUAACAUGACCGUGGGGAGACCAGGCUGUUCUUUGAAUGGAAUAGGGGAAGCUAGUUAAAAACCUUCAGACACUUCACAGGGUUGAACUGGCACAGGGACCUUUCUUUUCUUUAUUAUUAUUAUUAUUAUUACUACUACUAUUUUCUA